AUGAGUUAUCGACAACGUUCUUCCACGAAACGUAAAUCUAUUCAUGAAAAUCCUGUACCGGCUGCAAAUGAACCAAGCGCAAUAAAUGACUCGAUAUCAACGUCAUACAAACGACAGAAAGUAGUCACUGAAAAACGUCUCCGUCGCUACCGAGCAACAAUGACCGCUGCUACUCGCGAUCGGAUUGAACGCGCCUUAAAUCAGCGUCUUUAUUUACUUGCGAUCAGUAAAUCAGCCGAUGGCUCGAUCUAUCGAGAAUACAAAGUACUUGGACAAACGGCAAACGUCUAUACCGUCGCCAUUACUCACAUACCGUCAUGUACAUGUCCUGAUUAUGGCAAAGGUAAUCUAUGCAAACAUAUCAUCUUUGUUUUACAUCGAGUGCUCAAAGUCAGUCGAGCUUCACCAUUGAUCUAUCAGCAAGCAUUGCUGACGAUUGAACUACAUGAUAUUUUUUCGAAAGCCGAUUCUCAAAACAAUGAUUCAUCAAUUCUUGCCGAACAACCGAUUCUUGAAGCUUAUCAUGCGAAAACGGGUGAUCCAGGUGUGAUUUUAACAAUCAAAGAUGUCGAACAGAAGCCAAUUGAGGCCGAUGAUGAGUGUCCAAUUUGUUUCGAGUCAUUGUUAGGUGAAGAAACGAACAUCAUCUUUUGCUCACGAUCGUGUGGAAACAAUAUUCACAAGAAUUGUUUCGACAAAUGGCGACAGGCGAAAUCAUCGAUGAACGAAUCAGUCACGUGUCCAUUUUGCCGAGUUGAAUGGAAAAGCGUACUUGAAAAACACGAGAACUCUCAAGGUUAUCUAAAUUUAGCUGCUUAUGCAACGACUGACCACUACGAAGAUGAUGACGAUGAUGACGAUGACGAUGAGAAUACAGAAGAUUGGAUGUUUUAUAAUUACUGGUAG